GGACUACACCCAGCCGCUGCCUCACUGCCCUCCCUGGCUUUCUUUGCUGCCCCAGCCUUGACGUCGCUGAACGUCGGAGUGUGGCUUCAGAUUGGAGACUCUAAAUUCGCCUGCAGGUUUCCUCCCGAUCCGGCCGCACGCUUUGUCUGUCGGAGAGCCGCCUUCCUCCUCAGCUGUAGGGAUCCUUUACAACAAAAAAACCAAACACAUAGCAUCAGUUCCUUCAACAUGUCUUGGCAAAGCUACGUGGAAAACCUGAUGGCCGAUGGCAGCUGUCAGGAUAGCGCCAUUGUUGGGUUUACGGACGCCAAAUAUGUUUGGGCAGCACAUGCCGGUGGUACUUUCAACAAUAUCACGUCUCAAGAAAUUGACAUCCUUAUCGGUAAGGACAGGGAGACCUUUUACACCAGUGGUCUCACUCUGGGCUUAAAGAAAUGCUCAGUCCUCAGAGACAGCCUCCAUGAGGAUGGGGACUGGACAAUGGACAUCAGGACAAAGAGCGGAGGAGGAGAGCCUACAUACAAUGUCACUGUGGGAAAAGCUGGAAAAGUAUUGGUUUUUGUCAUGGGAAAGGAGGCGGUCCAUGGUGGAAUUCUUAACAUCAAAGCACAUUCAAUGGCUGAGUACCUGAGGAAGUCUGGAUAUUAAGCAACUCUCCACCCAUCCAUCAACUUAGCAGCCCACUCCCACUCAACCGCAUUGUGUCGACAAUACUCCGGGAAUUUGAUGGCAUACAAAGUUACUUCCUCUGCAGUCUACUUUUAUAUACUCCCCACACUUUUCUUUCUUUUCUUUUCUUUUUGUUCAAAGGAAAAAAAAAGAACACUACCCCACUUUAACAUUGUACUUCUCAUGUUCUUGGCACGGCAGUAAUGGCAUGCUCUUGCAAAAAAAUUAUUGCAAAGUAUAAUAAAAGUGUUCAAUCUGAAUUUGCCUUGUGUAACAUUCACUUAGCAACUGGCUUAUAUUCCAAGGGGAAGUACAUAUGUAAUGGUGCAUAGUUUUGUAUUUUUUUGCACAUUACUUAAAUCUGCCAUUGUUUCCAUCAGCAUGUGGGCAUUUAAAAGUUGCAUGCAUUCCCCUCUGUAGCAUUCAGAUCCCCGCCCUAUCUUCUCUCUGUCCCAGCCUAAUAUUCCAGCCAAAACCAUCUUCUCAUCUGCCGCUUCAUCUUCAAGUCUUCACAGUCUCCGCUAAAGAAACAACAAAAUUUACUCUGACAAAGUCCUGUAUGUGUGUACCUACUCGCCACCAUCAGGCGCAGCUUCCUUUACCCCCCACCCCCACAUCACAUGCUUUCGCUGUUGUACCUGAAUGUGGUCUUAAAAGUUAAUGGUGUGGUGUUGGGCUGUUAUUUGAGUGAAGUGUAUACGGUCAGCAUUGCUGAGGUCUCAAAAGAUAAUGUCAAGACGCUUCCACACAUCCUGGAGUCUCAGUGGACAUUCCACCUCGGUGACAGCUCCGACAUUUGUCAGUCAGCUCCUGCUCUUUGUAAAUUUCGCUGUCAAUCACCACAUACACACUCAUGUCAGGAUUUUUUUUCUUCCCCUCCCCUUUGGACCAAUUGUCAGUUUAAGAGGAUUAUCAGAAUUGCUUCAUCUUUUCUCUGAUGAAUGAUUGUUGGCAUCACCUGUUGACUGUAAAUCAUUGAUGACUUCAGAUGACUGUAUUUACUGCUUCUUUAGACUUCAACACUACUUAAAAAGUCUCAUCACUAAUUGAUUUGUUGCUAACCUGUCCAUUAACCAAUGAAACUACAAUGUCAUUUUACUACAGUGUGAAUGCAUUUUGACUGUAAAACAAGGCUGUUGGGCUCCAGCGCCUUGGAAUUAUUUGCCUUGUGCUUUAGUCAUCUAAGGUGUAUUCACAAAAUGUCAUAGUAUGGUACUUAGAAUAUAUUUAAAAGAAAAAAAUGCUGUGUACACUAAACAUAUUGAAAAUGGUGUUGGUUGGAAUAAGAACAUUUGUAAGUUGUCUUGUGAAAUUUUUCUGAGAAUAACCGUGUAUUCUGUGCCAUAAAAAUCGAUCUGAUCUGUUGCUACUAUGAGUUGGAUUUUUAGCUGCUGCCCCGGCAAGAAGUAACUUUUAAUGGCACUUUCCUGAGGGAUGUUUUGGCAUCAGUAAUCUCCAGACUUUGUGGAAUAUGUACAGAAUUAAACGACAGAAAAAAAAAAUGUUUGCAAUUUUUGUCUUUUUGUUUCUGAGAGGAAAUUCCUUCUGCCACAAAAUCUGCUCUUUUAAAUGCCAUGAAUUGAUGAGAUGUCUUGUUUACAGACAGAUCAAAUAAAAGUUAUUCCAACCAGA